AUGGGGUUGGAAAUAUCCCAUAGCCACCUACAGGAGACAUGCUUUAUCCUGGCUAUUGUGGGUGCGGUGCUGGCCAUCACGGCCACCGCGCUGCGCUUUCUCUCGGUGCGGCUGACAAACCGCAAGCCUAGCUGGGAUGACUGGUUUAGCGUUCUGGCGACGUUUUUCUUCAUCCUAUAUGUGAUUCCGCUGCUAUACCUCUUGUCCGUGAUGAACGGCAAGGACAAGUGGACCGCAGAAGAAGUCGUCCGAAUAAAAAAGGCCGGAUACUCGAUGGGCCCACAGUUUUGCAUGCAGCAGCUCUUCGCCAAACUCAGCAUCCUAUGGCUAUACUACCGCCUGUUCCACGUCAACGAAGCCUUUUUAUACUGCGUCUGGGGCCUCGGCAUCACCCAAACCGCCUGGUCCGUUGCGACCUACCUCGUGCACUGGCUCGAAUGCAUUCCGACUGCGAAGCUAUGGGAUCCGACGCUCGACGGCCACUGCAUCAAGAGCCCGGUCUUUUUGGCUGCCGGAGAGACGCCCAAUUCGCUUGUUGAUUUCGCCAUGAUUGCACUUGCCAUUUGGAUGGUACAGUCGCUGCGCAUCAAGACAGCUGUCAAAAUUAAGCUGUUUGUUAUUUUCAUCAUGGGUGGUUUAGCCGGCGUGAUCGGCUUCGUCAAAAUAGGCUACGGCUUCAGCGCCACCAGCAAAUCCAAGGUCGAAGUGCUCGACCCGAUCUGGGCCACCGUGCAACAAACCUGCAGCGUCAUCUGCUGCUGCGCGCCCUUCUACAAACCCUUGAUCCCAGAAAUCGGGUUUUUCGGCAAACUGCAGUCGCUCACAAGCUCCGUGCUUUCACGCAGCAAGAUGAGCAAGUCCAGGUCGCGCUCGAAUACGCAUGAUAAAUCGUCGAGCUCGGAUCCGAGUUCGGCGCCGGGGAACAGCAGGUGGAAUCCACCGAAUACCUGGUUGGAACUCGAUGAUCGCAGUUCGCGAAAGGGAUCGACGACGGAGAUCUUGCCUGCGGUAUAG